ACAAAUCACGUUGAAAAGAGCACUAUCGCUCCCCCGACAUCUAAUGGUGAAAUAUCUACGGUAACGACCGGGCAACCACAAGCAGCAUCGUCGCCAAAUACGGACGUACAGAAUAAUAAUUCUGCAGCAUUCGGUACACAUGGUCAACAACCAAUAGGUUCAAUUACAACAGCAAGCAAUAUCAUCGUAUCAACGGCAACGAUAAUGACUCCUGCCGUUAUCACCUCCAAUGCGCAUCGCGCGAACCCACCAAUGAUAUAUUCAACCGCAAUGUUCCCACCUGCCAAGCAACUCCCGGGUCUAGAACGGCAAGCUAUGCAACAACCUCUACUUCCACCGAUAACUGGCGCUCAAUGUGGGGCGCGACUUGAUGCAACUCAAGGUUACGACAGCGUAGCCCAACAGCAGGUACUACAAUUGGAACUCUUGGAAGAAGAGCGAAAAAUAGAGCAAAGGUAUCUACAAAAAAAGUACGAAAUACUAAGCGCAGGCGGUUCGUCUAUCGGAAUCAACCGCACAACUACAGCUCCGACUUCUUCGCAGCUUGCCGCUAGACAAGUAAUUCCAAAGGAUUUGCCUACCUUCAGCGGAAAUCCGGAUGACUGGCCGCUGUUCAUAAGUAACUACGAAAACAGCACGCAAGUAGCGGGGUACACCGACGCCGAAAACCUAAUGCGGCUGCAGAAGUGUCUCAAGGGAAAGGCCUAUGAGACGGUACGCUGCAAAUUAUUGCUCCCCUCUAUGGUCCCGGAAAUAAUUCAGACACUUAAGAUGUGUUUUGGACGUCCAGAGCAUAUACUAGAAUCGUUGGUGGAGAAAGCCAGGGCGAUUCCACCGCUGAAGGAAAAACUGGAAAGUCUUAUCGACUUCGCGUUGUGCGUGCAAAACAUCUGCUCUACGAUGGAAGCCUGCCAUAUGGAGGCGCAUCUGAAUAAUCCAAUGUUGGUGAAGGAAUUCGUUGACAAGCUUCCAAGCCAACACAAGUUAAAUUGGGCAAUGUUACAGCGAGACGAGCGAGUAGCAAUUAUUAAAGCGUUUAGUGAUUGGAUUUUCCAAAUAGCCGAAGCAGCAAGUAAGGUGAUCACACCACGUGUAUCCAAAAAGAGUGGCGUAAUUAACGCACACACGCAAGCAACUGGUGUCGAAAACCAUAACAAAGUUGGGUGUGUUUUAUGCGGGUGCACCGAUCAUAAAAUGCAGACGUGUGUAGAAUUUAGUAAACUCACCUUGGAGCGCAAGUGGGAUGUAGUAAAAUCCAAUAAAUUGUGCAGACAAUGCCUUAACAUGCACCGCCGAAAGUGUUAUGCGAACAGGGAGUGUGGAGUCGAUGGUUGCCAAUCAAAGCACCACAAGCUUCUUCAUAAAAACACUCCGAAGAGCGUAUCUACGUAUGCUGAGCAAAAGCAAAAUACCACACCACCUCUAAUAAAUAAUCAACUGGUAAACACUCAUGUAGGUAAUGAUGAAGAUGCACCAUGUUUUCGUAUAAUACCCGUUCGCAUACACUCCAAGGGUAAAUCCAUAAAAACCUUCGCCUUUUUAGACGAGAGAUCAUCCGUGACAUUGAUGGAAAAACACAUUUAUGAUUCCUUGGGCUUGGACGGCGAGCUAGAAUCACUGUGCCUUCGCUGGACCGGCGAAAACACACGGAUCGAAAGCGACUCAAUGCGAACGUCGAUACAGAUUUCAAACGCAUACGAUAAUGCAAAAUACGAAAUAAAUGAAGUGCACACCGUUUCGCGACUGGGCUUGCCUAGCCAGUCUCUUAAUAUGGAGAAAAUUACGAAGAAAUACCCUUAUCUACGCGGGCUUCCGAUCGAGUCAUAUGAAAAUGCCGAGCCGGGUAUUCUAAUAGGAGCCAAUUGUUGGAAACUUGCGGUGCCUAUCAAAACUCGUGAGGGACACUGGCUUGAGCCGAUCGCCACUAAGUGUCACUUAGGUUGGACCUUGCAGGGAGGUACUACUAACCACUUUGACUCACAACUAUUGAAUAUUCACAUAUGUGACUGCGAAAAGAAAUACGAAAUCCUACACGAAGAGAUCAAGGAGUACUUCAGCCUAGAGAUGCCGCAAAAAAGAGAGCUCAUGUCCCCACAAGACUGUAGAGCGCUGCAAAUUCUAAAUUCAACGUGUGAAAAAAGAGAGGGCCGCUAUGAAGUGGGGUUGUUGUGGAAGCAUGACGACGCAAAGUUACCAGCUAGUUACGACAACGCCCUUAAACGCUUCAGAUGUAUGCAGAAAAAGUUAGCUAAGGACUCCAAUUUGCAACGUGACAUGCAGAAGCAAAUAGAUAACUUAAUUAGCAAAGGUUACGCAAAAAGGUUAACUGCAGACGAAGUAAAUAGAUCAUACGACCACGAGUGGUACCUGCCGAUAUUUAUCACACUAAACCCCAACAAACCCGGCAAGUUGCGCCUUGUGUGGGACGCUGCGGCCAAAUCUGAUGGAGCCGCUCUUAACGAUUUCCUUCUGUGCGGGCCAGAUCUACUCAAUUCGCUAGUCUUCGUAUUACUGGCCUUUAGAACUGGGCAGUUUGCUAUUUGUGGAGACAUUGCCGAAAUGUUCCACCAGAUUCGCGUAAGAGAAAUGGACAUGCACGCUCAGAGGUUCUUGUGGCACGAGAACUGUGAGGAGUUACAUAACCCUCACAUCUACGUUAUGCAAGCGCUUACCUUCGGCAUCAGCUGCGCACCUUGCAUUGCUCACUUUGUUCGAGAUGUAAAUGCAGAGCAAUACAAGCAAACAUCACCGCGAGCGGUAGAAGCAAUACAAAAGCAUCAUUACGUCGAUGACUUCAUCGACAGCGUCGAUACCGAAGAAGAAGCACUGGAACUGGCUCUGCAAGUGAAAGCAAUUCACGCUCAAGCUGGAUUCAACAUUCGUAACUGGGCAUCUAAGAUCAAACUCCUAAGGACUUAA